AGUAACAUCUACUUGGUUUUUCACAGCCAACCCCGGAACAAUAUUACCUAGUUUAUUCACCAAUAUGCCUUUAGCUCGCAACGCUCGCAUCCUUUCUUCAGUUUCAAAUACCCAUGCCUAUGGCUCACGGGCCCUCUUCUCGCCGAUAUGCCCUUUACCUGUCCUCCGUACUGCGGGUGUGCAGGCUCGCCCCAAUAGUAGUGUAUCGAAGGACUGGAAAGGCACUUCAGGAGAAAAACACACAACUCAUCGGGUGAAAAAGGAAAAUGACAAGACAGAUCCGCAAACAAUAGGCGCUAGUCGGGCAAUGAAGGAUAGAGAGCAGAAUUUCGGCUCAGAGAAUAGUGGCCAGUCUGGCGCAGCAACAGAGACCGGGGGGCGGAAGAAUGCGAAGAAGGCCAAGAAGGAUCAUCCCAAGGCGCCCGAGCCUGUUAUUGGGAUGAAUGAUGAGAGAGCAGGAGUAAGUUUGUACCAUGCCGUGCGGUUACUGAUGUACCGACCUUCUGACUGUGCUGUUACAGAAAGGGGUGUGAUUGAGCCCAACUCCGCGGUCAAAUAGCAAAUGUCCGUAGUCGCAUAACGUUCAAUCAUGUGUAUACCUGUGUACUUGAGCAAAUUUAUGUGGUGAAAAGUCUAUUUGGCACCUGCUCAAAUGACAAUGUCGAAUUGAGGCGUUUUUGAAAAUGGUCCCUUGGUAUAGUGUUUCUAGCUCUAGUAGGCAUCGAUGCAUCAAUCAAUUAUCAUUACAGUAGUCGUAUAUCUACCGUCCAGGUUUAAAUGAGAGUACAUCGUGUUUCCCGACUGCUACGAUAUCAUCCUCCGACACCCGGACGCCUCCAACGCCUUCUAUAUAAUUUAUAGGCACAUCACCCAUAACUUUGCGUGCAACAUCACCCACUGUGCUAUUUUUUUUAACCAGGACGCAAUCUCGGAAUGCA